CGCCCUUUCCGCCGCGGCUUUCCGGUGAUGGCGGCGGGCGGCAGCGACCCGCGGACGGCAGAUGUGGAGGAGGACGCCUCGCAGCUCGUCUUCCCCAAAGAAUUUGAAACUGCAGAAACUCUUCUGAAUUCCGAGGUGCAUAUGCUGCUUGAGCAUCGCAAGCAGCAGAACGAGAGCGCAGAGGAUGAGCAGGAGCUGUCAGAAGUGUUCAUGAAAACCUUGAACUACACAGCACGCUUCAGCCGCUUCAAAAACCGCGAAACCAUCGCCAGCGUGCGCAGUUUACUACUCCAGAAGAAGCUCCAUAAGUUUGAAUUGGCAUGUUUGGCUAACUUGUGUCCUGAGACAGCUGAGGAAGCAAAAGCUCUGAUUCCUAGCCUGGAGGGCCGGUUUGAAGAUGAAGAAUUACAACAGAUUCUCGAUGACAUUCAGACUAAACGCAGCUUCCAGUAUUAAGGUUAACCCUCAGCCCCUUUAUCUGAGCAGAAAAACCUGAGGACUUGGGCUGUUUCUCAGCCCUUUGGAUCAGUCCAGCUCCUGGCUGAGUGAGGGUGGUUGUGGAUGCAGGGUACUCCAGUGCUGUGUUGCCACAGGUGCAUGCAGACUGGAGAUCAGCACCAUCCUUUUGGUUUGUUCCAUGUGUAUGUUGGCAAGGACCCCCUGUAUUGUGAGAGCAAAGAACCUGAAAGGCCUUUUCCCAGAGGCUGAAGUAUUUGUUUCUUCCCUAAUCCCUCUCCACAGUUUGUAAAUUUUCAACGUUUUUGGUUUUUAGCAGAAAUAUAGAUGUGAUUUCGUGGUUUUUAGGAACUUCUAAAGGAUGGGGAAACUUGUUCUUGGUUCUCAGAAGGUUCAGUGAUUGGCAGCAUCAAUUUCUGUGGGUUUUUUGUUUCUUUGUUUUAUUGUUUGAUUGGGACAGCGAACUUUUACAGCUUCAAUAUUUUCCUAUUAUUGUUUAGUGUAAAUUAAAAAAUAUUUUUAAUUAAA